AAUUAUAAAUACAGCAAGAAACGCCCUCUUCUCCAGUCCACGCGAAACAUCUCAUCUUUCCACCUCUCAUUAGACUAAUAAGCUUCACAGUGCCCAACAAACACAUCACCAGAGAAAGUUGAAACAAAGAGAAAGAGAGAAAGACUGAGAGAGAGUGACAAAGGGCUCUUCUCCCACUCCAUGCGCCAAGACGCUGCCUUUCAAGCCAAUGGAUAUGGACCUCCUAUCCACCACCUCCACCCUCUACUGCGCCGAGGACGCCGACGACCUCGCCACCUGGGAUUCCGACGACUGGAUCGCACCCAAGUCUCUUGCUGCCACCGCACAUGAGGACACCACUCCUGCACUCAUUGCCGCCGAGCAAGUCUUCAUGCCCUCCCUGGAAUACCUCCACUCCUUCCACCCAACCGCCCGCAACGACGCCGUCUCUUGGAUUCUCAAGGUACACGAGUUCUACCGGUUCCGGCCAGUGACCGCAUCUCUCGCCGUCAACUACUUGGACCGCUUCCUCUCCUCUCAUUCCCUCCCGGAUGUGCAGGGACAAAGUGGGAAAGGGAGCGGCUCCGGUGACUGGCCGAUGCAACUGCUCUCCGUGGCAUGCUUGUCUGUGGCUGCCAAGAUGGAGGAGACGCACGUCCCACUCCUCGUCGAUCUCCAAAUCCUCGACCCCCGCUACGUGUUCGAGCCCCGCACCGUCCGCCGCAUGGAGCUCCUCCUCAUGGCGGCGCUCCACUGGCGCAUGCGCUCCGUCACUCCCUUCGACUUCCUCGAUCCCCUCUCCUCCCUCUUCUCCGCAGCCUACCGCCGCCCCCUCCUGUGCCGCGCCGCCGUCCUCGUCCUCCAGACUCAUCGCGUCGUCGAUUUUCUCGGUUUCCGGCCUUCCGUGAUCGCCUCCUCGGCGAUCUUCUCCGCUGCGCGCGAGUUCGCCGUUGAUGACGCCGAUCUACUCAAUUCGCUCGGCGAUUUGUUCAGUAAGGAAAUGGUGGAAGUGUGCUGCCAGCUAAUGGACGAGUACUUGAUCGACACGUGUCCUUCAGCUCAGAGCCGAAAGCCGUGGCUGGAGCCGUCUGCUCCGCCGAGCCCCAUUGGCGUUCUUGACGCCGCCGCGUGCGGGAGCUGCGACACAAACAGAUCUCUUCCCGGCGCAGCUCCAGCCGAGCCGCCGAUUAAGCGGCGUCGGCUCCGCGAUGGCCAUUGUACAGCAAGUAUAGAUACAAGCGACGACGGUGUCGGUAUAAGCCCCGUUUAAACCAUGACCCGAACCCGAAUCCGAAUUCUCGUUCAGCGAUCAUCUCUCUUAACUUUUAAAGCGGAUUUUGGGUUCGGGUGCGAGUAGCCAGGCUCGACUUUUUUUUGUCCCCUCUUGCCUAAUUUUUAAUAUAUUUUUAUAUAUAUAUAUAUAUUUUAUUUUUUUUGAUAAUUAUGUUAUCUAAAUUACUUCCCUAAAUUUUGUUGUUAUUA